AGGCUUGCCCAGCCAGUCAAGACAACCCUGGUCAUCCACUGCCCAUCCCCUGUUAUAGUCGCACUGCAGCCAAAAGAGAGUUGGAGAUGGCAUUUCCCGGAAGUGGUGUGAGCCUGCUUCAACAAAACCGGACUAUAAGUGGCUUUGAGCACUGUCAACCACAACCACAGCAUCGGCAGCAUUCACAACAGACACUUGUCAACAAUAGUCUACGAAUGACUUUCGUCUCGCCCCGGGCCCUGCUAGCCGCGAACCCUCCGUUUGAAGUAGAUCGUCAGUCUUCGGCCUCAACACAAGGUCAAGGUUCUCAACCAUGGCAAGAUUCUCCUGUCAGCAAUCAGGCAGAGGGAUCGUCAUCACCACCCAGCUCCAUCGUGUCGCCGAAUGACAGCACCAAAUCACCGAAAUGCCCACCAAUCGACCCUCUGAUUCUCGAUACCGCAAGCGAAACGAAGCCAUCUUUACCAGUCGAGGCGAUAGAAUCACCAAAGCGACGCAGGGGGCGUCCGAGGCUUUCUGAGGACAACGGACGAGAUGCUGCUGCAUCGACGACGGCUGCAGGGACACAGGAGAAAGCAACUCCCCGACGAGCCUCGAACACGUCAAUGAGCGGUACCAUCAACGCUGGGGACAAACGCAGCGGCACAGAAGCCAAGAAGAACAAGAUCCGCGCACGAAACCGGGAGGCAGCUUACAAGUGCCGAAAGAAGAAGCAGAAGGGGGUCGAGGAGCUGCAAAGUCAGGAGGCGAUGGCCGAGAACAUCAACAAGAACCUCAACGAAGAAGCUGCGUUGCUCCGUGGAGAGAUUCUCAUGUUGAAGACCAUGGUGCUCCAACACGGUAGCUGUGGAUGCUCCUUCAUCGAGGAGUACAUUUCCGGCGCGGCGCAAAACUUGGUAUCUUCGAGCAUAGCAGGGGGCGCGUCGGCUUCGGCGCCUGGCGAAGGGAUGCAGAUGAGCAGCCAGCCGUGUCCAAAUAGUAUGAAUGGAGAAUCGUACGUCGACUGGAAGAUGUUCGAUGACAUGGAUGCAGAGCAAUCCAUGCCCUCGAUGGGCUCAGAAAACAGCGUUUCCGGACUUGACGACAUCGCCGCCCAAAGCGCGAGGACAUAGCCCCGGACGAGAAAACCCAGAGAGGUUAGAAGAUGGAGUGAGGAAGCAGUUUUCAUGAACAAGGCGUUUGGGAUCAGGUAGACGAAGAAAAAAAAAAAGGCUGUUUGCUCAGGCGAC